GAGGCGUAUCCUAAUAGCCCUCGCGAUAUCUUUAUUUUCUUAGCUUCGUGGCUUUGUGGAUUCCUCCGCCGAUACAAGAUUAUAUAUUGGCGUAUCACUAAGCAGGCUACUAAGCCCCUAGCAGAUCUCCUCCUAGCUAUUAUAAGCUUCCUUUCGUUUAUCCAGCGGAAUUAA